AGAUUAAAGCUAUGUAUUGGAAAUAGAAUAUGGAUUAUUUUAGUGAAAUUUGUAGAAUUUGUUUAUGCGAUAAUGUACGCAUGUAUGUACUAAAGAAGACUGGUCUCGAAAAUUUGUACAGAACACUGACUAAUAGUUUUAUGGAUGAGGAUGAGGAGCCCAUAAUUGUCUGUUUCACCUGUCAUGCAAGACUCAUUCGUUGUAGAAGAUUACAACAACAAGCUGUGGAGUCAAAAGCAGUUCUGGAGCAGUUGCAUGCAGGAGGGUCCAUGUCAAUAACAAAACCGCAUGAGGCUAGAGAUAAGAUUCAAUUCACACCAAUUAGUCAUAUUGAUAUCAGACCAGUAGAGUGUGAUACUGAUAUAGAAAAUGAUUGUAAGAACCAAAAGUUUAGCCUUGAAUCUGUAAAAGUUGAGGAAGAGAAUUUCGAAAUUGAGAAUUCCACAUUUGAAGAAAAUGGGAAUCAUGAAACAGAGAGUGCUGAAAAACAAGAAGACCUGGAGAUUGAUACUUUUGAAGAUAGACAUACGGAUUCGGAGAACGACUUGCCGCUAAUUGCAUUUGGUUCAAAAAGUAAAAAAGAUGACGAUGACAUAGGUAAAUUAAUUUAUGUUAAAAAACAUGUAUCAAAAAAUAAAAAGAAAUCACAAAUUCCUCUUGCAUCAUGUAGUUGUACUACAUGUAAUACUACAUGUACUGUAGAGAUGUACUAUACAUACAAAAUGUUGUUCUUUAACUACUUAAUUACUUUAGUCACAUCUAGGUUCCGCAAUAAAAUAUCGUGCGCCCAGCGAAGCGAGCGGUUAUCAGCUAGUGUUUAAUAUAAUGGAUUUUCGCAAUGUAAGGCCUGAUUGAAACUGUCAAAGCUGAAGAUCGAUUGUGGCAGCAUCGUUUCCGGGAUACCUGAGAUUUUAAGUGAGAUUGAAAGGUUCUAUGGGCAGCUGUAAACGUCAUCGUUGGAGCCACAUGCAAGUGUGAGUAACGAUCCAAGAGCGAGUGUUAUCCGACAUUAUUCCGAUGAUAUCCCGGACGUCAGUCUGAGCGAGAUUACAAUGGCUCGCCAGCACCUUAAAAACGGCAAGUCCCCGGGCGAGUAUGGAAUUACAGCGGAGCUUCUGAAAGCGGGUGGAAAACCGGUACCGGAAGUCCUUCAGAAGCUCUUUAAUUCCGACAUCCAUGGUGGUACUACUCCGGAGGCGUGGAGCAGAGGUGCGGUGGUCUUGUUCUGCAAGAAAGGUGAUAACGCCCUCUUGAUGAACUAUAGACCGAUUUCCCUUCUGAGCCGCGUCUACGUGCUGUUUCGUGAGUCAUUAAAGAUCACGUUUAAUGUCCAUGUCACACCUAUGCCGGUAGUUGUUGGGAGCACUAAGUUCGAAGUUGUUGACGAGUAUGUUUACCACAACAUACAAAUAGUUCGAUUAGGUAAGUCCAACUUCGACCGAGAGGUCAAUCGACGGAUUCAAUUCGGUUGGGCAGCGUUCGGGAAAUUACGGCACAUCUUCUCGUCAGGUAUACCUCAAAACUUGAAAACGAAACUAUACAACCAGUGCGUGUUGCCAGUGAUGACUGAUGACCUAUGGAACUGAGACGUGGUCCUUCACUGCUGGACGGAUGAGGAAGCUCAAAGUUGCUCAGCGAGCUAUGGAGAGGGCUAUGCUCGGAGUUUCUCUGCGUGAUAAACUUAGAAAUGAGGAUAUCCGCAAUAGAACCAGAGUGACCGACAUAGCCCAACGCAUUAGUAAGCUGAAGUGGCAAUGGGCCGGCCAUAUAGCUCGAAGAACCGACAACCGAUGAGGAAAAAAGGUUCUCGAGUGGCGGCCUCGUAUCGGCGGACGAAGUCUUGGGCGUCCCCCCAUUAGAUGGAGUGACGACCUGGUAAGACAUGCAGGAAGUCUAUGGAUGCAGGUGGCUCAGGACCGUGUUUUGUGGCAUUCCUUGGGGGAGGCCUAUGUUCAACAGUGGACUUGUGAAAGGCUGUAAUGAUGAUGAUGAUGAACGCCUGAUUCUAUUGCUAAUCUUUUUGUCUUGCCUUACUACGCGGUCGAAGCCACCUCUGCCGUUUUUUUAACAUCCUUUCCGAUUUCAGUCAACUUUUAGCUUUAGUUUUCUUUUUAGGAUGUGAGUACGAGGGGUGAUCCAAAAGUAAUUAUUGAUAGACAAUAUUAAACACAAUUUUAACAAUAUGAUUAUUGUUAAAAUAGUAAUUUAUUUUUCCACAUAGUCUCCUAACAAGUCAAUUCAUUUAGUACAUUUUUGUUUUAAUCCCAGAAUUCUCUUAGAAAAAAAAAAUCUUUAUCUUGACCCUCCAAAAAAGCCUCAACAGCGUCCAUCACUUCGUUAUCGUCUGCAAAUUUCUUGCCUCGAAGGUGUUCUUUGAGCCGAGGAAAUAGAUAGAAGUCACUGGGAGCUAGAUCUGGCGAAUAGGGCGGGUGUUCGAACAGUUCAAAUCCAGUUUCUUGAAUGGCAGCCAUCGCAACUGCGGCUUUGUGAGCCGGAGCGCUGUCUUGUUGAAACAACACUCCAGCUCGCAAUUCGCCGCGUCUUUUUCUUUAAUAGCCUUCUGCAAUAUUCUUUCUGUAUCUCCUAAAUACAAAUUACUAAGUAACCUAGCUAGGAGACUCAGGAUUCUACCCAUUUCAAAUUAGUCCUCAUGAUGUUUUGCAUAUAUUUGUAAAAAGUAUGUAAACUAUAAAAAUGUCAAUAAAGAAUUAUUAUUAUUAUUUGGUCUGCGUAGUCGAGAGUAUAAUCCCAAAAUCAUAGCCUCAAGGCUGCUUGGGUUCGUCAUACGAAAUAGCAAAGGAUUCAGCAUUAAUACUAAGAAAAUGCUGUAUAAUACUCUCGUUCGUAGCACACUCGAGUACUGUUCUGUUGUCUGGCGUCCACACUUUGCGGUUCACAAUCUACGCAUUGAGCGUAUUCAGAAGCGGUUUCUGUGGCAUUUGGCACGAUUAGUUGGUAAAGCAAAGAGAGAUUUCUCAUAUGCGGAUAGAUAGAGAUUUUUCAAAAUGUUAUCCUUAGAUAAACGUAGGGAGCUAAUAGACUUAUUGUUUUUGUAUAAAAUUCUCAACAAUAGAAUUAAUUGCCCUCAGUUACUGAACUCGUUUGAUUUUAGCGCGCCUUCAAGAUCGCGCGUCAUCCGAUAGCACCACUGAGACCACCAACCCGCACAACUGUUCUCGGCUCCAACUCUCCAUUACCCAGACUGUGUAAGCUACUAAAUAGCUACAAACACAGAGUUGACGUAAACUUUGAUUCCGCUUACAGUUUCCGUAAAAAGAUUGUCGUCAGUAUGACUAGUACUUAAUUUCGUGCAACCAGCUUGUGUUCUCUGUUACCAUACGGAUAAACAAUGUGGUUUUUUUUUCCUUUUAAAAUUGUUAACUUUAUUUAGUAAAAUCAAAACCCACUUAAGGGGCUACUCCAUGCGAACGACCUUGAGCAUUUGACCGGCGCGCCGCUCGCUACAAUAUAUUAUUGCGUAAGACUACACCUAUUGUACGAACGUAGUAUUAUUUUUUCAACAUCAAUAAACUAUUUUAUGGAAAUACACAGCGUAC